AUGGAAAAGGAUAUUGAUUGCUUGGAGGAGGAGCAAAUGUCCAAUGAUAUGAAACCAAAUCAAAGUGAUGAUCAACCUUGCAUCAUUGAAAAUUAUCAAGAUGUUCAUCAUGAUCUUGGCAAUAAUGAUAAUAUCCAAAGUAUAAAUAAUAAUGAAAUUCAUCAAAUUGAUGUUGAUCAACUUCAACCUUGUAUUGAAGAUUAUCAAGAUCAAGAUGCCAGUGUUGAUAAUGGUAAUAAUAAUAUUGAUAAUAAUAAUAUAGUUGAUGAUCAUCAUCCAGUAUUGGUUGGUGGAAGUUAUAGUGGUGGUAAAAGUAAUUCAAGUAAUAUUAGUAUUGGAAGUGGAAAUGGUAGUAGUAGUAGUAGUAGUGAUGGUGUGAUUGAUCCACCCGAUAAUAAUAGUUUGGUUGAUUUACAAAAAAGUACCAAUCUAUUUAAUACUACUUCAGUUAGUUUGGCAGAGGAAUUAUCCGAACAACAAUUUAGAUUUGAUAAUCAAAAAAAACUACAUGAUUCAAUAGAUUUGGAAGUUGGUGGUGGAAAAAAACAAUUAAACUACAGUAUCAACAACAACAACAACAACAACAACAAUGGAGCUGGAAGAGAAUCAGAGUCUGAUUUCCAACUAAGACAAUAUUUUGAAAAUUCACAAAGAAUGGCACUUUCCAAUGGAAAUAAACCUAAAAAGAUGGGUAUCAGUGUAACUGAUUUAACUGUCGUUGGAAAAGGAGCUGACAUAUCAAUUAUUGAAGAUUUAUUUACACCAAUUAAAUUCAUAUUUAAUCCUUUUAAAUGGAAAAGAAAUAAUGGAACAACAUUUAAUAUUUUAAAUAAUAUUAAUAUGUUUUGUAGAGAUGGUGAGAUGGUGCUGGUGUUGGGUAGACCGGGUGCAGGGUGUAGUACAUUGCUUCGGGUGAUUGCCAAUCAACGUGACACGUAUGUUAAUGUUGGUGGAAAGGUGUCGUAUGGUGGAUUGGACUCUAAAGAGUGGGCUAGCAAGUACCGCGGUGAGGCUAUUUACGUGCCAGAGGAAGACAGUCACUACCCAACACUAACGUUGAAGCAAACCAUUGACUUUGCUUUAAAGUGCAAGACACCAGGUAACCGUGUGCCAUACGACGCCAAACGCACAUUUCGACAAAAGGUCUAUGACUUGUUGGCCAAUAUAACUGCAUCCAACUCUAAUCCAUACACCACCUCUUUUCUGACUCAAGUACGUGCACUCACAUUGCGUCAGGCACAGUUGAUUUGGGGUGAUCGUCCUGCACUUGCAUCACGUUACAUUUCAGUGUUGGUACAGUCAUUUGUGUAUGGAUCACUAUUCUAUCUUCAAAAACACGAUCUAUCUGGCCUGUUUACUCGUGGUGGUGCGAUAUUUGGAUCCAUCCUAUUCAAUGCAUUCUUGUCGCAGGGAGAGUUGACCGCCACAUUUGUGGGUCGUCGCGCACUACAAAAACAAAAGUCAUAUGCCAUGUAUCGCCCGUCGGCAUUCCACAUUGCACAAGUACUCAAUGAUAUCCCAGUCGUAUUUGCACAAGUUGUGUUGUACAGUGUCAUAGCCUAUUUUAUGUUUGGGUUUCAGUAUGGAGUAUCACAAUUUAUCAUUUGGAUUGUCGUUAUGGUGGGACUGACACUUGGUAUUUGCAAUUUCUUUCGUGCACUUGGAUUCUUUUCACCAUCACUCUAUGUAUCCCAACACGUGAUGGUAGUGUAUCUAUUGUUGCUUUUAUGUUACACUGGGUACUCUGUACCAUACCAAAAGAUGCAUCCGUGGCUACAAUGGUUCUUUUGGUUCAAUCCUCUGUCCUAUGGAUACAAAGCAUUGAUGGCCAAUGAAUUCAAAGAUGUACUCUUUGAAUGCUACCAAACUGCAAUUCCCUACGGUGCAUACAAUGACCCGCGAUAUCGUACCUGUGCCAUCCCAGGUGCCACCCCUGGCAUACUCCAAGUAUCAGGUGAAGCCUAUCUCCAAGCCGGUUACUCAUUCCGAGCUGAUGACAUUAGUUAUAAUACAGUCAUUGUCUACAUUUGGUGGAUUUCUUUAACUAUCCUAAACAUGUUUGCAAUUGAAUUUUUUGAUUGGACCAAAGGAGGAUAUACAAAAAAAGUAUAUAAACAAGGUAAAGCACCAAAGAUUAAUGAUUUGGAAGAAGAAAAGAGUCAAGCCAAGAUUGUAAAAGAGGCAAAUGAAAAUGUUGGCAAAACGCUAGAGUUUCAUGGUGGUGUAUUUUCAUGGAAGAAUAUUAAAUAUACUGUACCUGUCAAAGGAGAGAAACGGUUGAUUUUGGAUGAUGUCGAGGGUUGGAUCAGACCUGGGCAAAUGACAGCAUUGGUUGGUAGCACUGGUGCAGGUAAAACAACACUACUCGAUGUAUUGGCCAAGAGAAAGACCAUUGGUGCAUUGUCGGGUGACAUUCGACUCAAUGGAAGACCACUUGGCAUUGACUUUGAACGUAUCACUGGUUAUGUCGAACAAAUGGAUAUUUUCAACCCAAACUUGACAGUUCGUGAAGCACUACGUUUCUCGGCAAAGUUAAGACAAGAUCCUCAUGUCCCCUUGGAAGAGAAAUUCGAAUAUGUCGAACGAGUAUUGGAAAUGAUGGAAAUGAAACAUUUAGGUGAUGCACUAGUCGGUUGUCUAGAAUCUGGUGUUGGUAUUUCAAUUGAAGAACGUAAACGUUUAAAUAUUGGUAUUGAAUUGGUUGCUAAACCUCAUAUCCUUUUCUUGGAUGAACCUACAUCUGGGUUAGAUUCACAAUCAUCAUAUAAUAUAAUUAAAUUUAUACGUAAAUUGGCUGAUAGUGGAAUGCCAUUGGUUUGCACGAUACAUCAACCGUCGUCUGUAUUGUUUGAAUAUUUCGAUCGAUUGUUAUUGUUGGCAAAGGGAGGUAAGACGGUGUAUUUUGGUGAUAUUGGACAUCGAUCUAGUACGUUGAUCAAUUAUUUCACACGUCAUGGGAUUCGUCCGUGUCUCGAGUCUGAGAAUCCAGCAGAGUAUAUCUUGGAGGCAACGGGUGCAGGAUUCCAUGGCAACAAGUCAAAUGGUCAUGGAAGAGAGUAUGCCAGUCGCUACUAUGGAUGCAUGUCAUUCACUGUGGCGAUGGUUUCUGUCCAACUACCCUACCUCAUCUUUACAUCAUCGCUCUUUUACAUUUGCACAUUCUGGUUGGCUGGUUUUGGAUUCGAAGUGGUGAUGAAUCUCUAUUUCUGGGCAUACUUUGUCAUCUUUCUCUUUUUUUGUGUGUCCCUCGGGCAAGCAAUCGGAGCGAUUUGCGAAACCAUGUUUCUUGCCAACUUUGUCGUUCCAGUCAUCCUAGUAUUCCUCUUUCUCUUUAGCGGCGUCAUGAUACCUGAAUCGCAAAUACCAAGGUUCUGGAGAGAAUGGGUGUACCGUGUCAUGCCCACCCGAUACUUUAUGGAAGGUGUCGUUACAACUAUUCUCAAAGACGUCAAUAUCAAAUGUACCACUGCCGACCUCGUUAAAUUCCAUUCACCCGAAGGAUCAACAUGUGAAGAAUACACUUGGUUAUUCAGUAUGUACAGUACUGGAUACGUCCAACAAUUGGAUUCCUCUCCCAACGACUGUGGCUAUUGUCUCUACAGCACCGGUGAGGAAUUCUACUCUACACUCGGAUGGAAAGACUCUAAUCGUCUAAGAAAUUUAAUCAUCGUGAGUUGUUAUUGGUUAUUUAAUGUCUUUUUAAUUGGUAUCUUUGUUUAUAUCUCUAGAAAACCAAAAAGAUAA